AUGAUUCCUUCAAUACAUCUAAUAAAGAAGACCGCUUUCGUUCAUUUGCAUCAUGUGAAUAUGAUGGACAAAUCUAUAUGACGAUGCAAGAUUUCUUGGAGUCCAUUACUGAGGAGAAUCCAAGACCUCGAAUUGGCCGCUUUAAGCUACGCAGAGAAGAAGUAUCAAAUAUGCUGACCAACACACCACCCAAGACUAAAGGAUCAAAGAACUUCUUCAGAUCGUUGCUUGGUAGAGCCGACAGAAUAAGCGGAAUAAUCUCAUACACUGAGUAUCUGUUUCUGCUGUGUAUUCUGACAAAGCCCAAGGCUGGAUUUGAAGUAGCAUUUAAGAUGUUUGAUCGUGAUGGUAAUCAACGAGUUGACAAAAAGGAAUUCCUUCUGAUGGAAGAGAUAUUCCGGAUGAAGAGUGAACGCUCAGCCGAUGAAUCUUGUGACCUCUCAAAAAAGAAUACAAAAUCCAAAUCUUGUACAACCUCCUCUUUGAUGAUUCAAAACUUAAAGAGUAAAAAGCAAGACUUUGUUGUCCAGGAGACCACUCUACUGCGGUAUUUUUUUGGAUCAAAAGGAAGAGAAACUCUGGAUUUCAACACAUUCUGUCAGUUCAUGGAUAACUUGCAGACAGAGGUUCUUGAACUGGAAUUCAUGGAAUUUGCCAAAGGCAUGCCAACCAUUUCAGAGGCAGAUUUUGCUCAAGUUUUGCUACGCUACACACAGAUUGAUGAGGAUGAGAAACUAAGCUACUUUACCAGAGUCAGGGAGAAGAUUCUCCAUCAAAAGGGGAUAUCUUUUGAUGAAUUUCGGAACUUCUUUCAAUUUUUGAAUAAUCUUGAUGAUUUUGAGAUUGUUAUGAAGAUGUACACAUUUGCUGAUCAGUCCAUCUCACAAGCUGAGUUUGAACGAGCUGUCCAGGUCACCACAGGUCAUCAGCUUGCCCCACAUCUCGUUGACACAGUUUUCCAGAUUUUUGAUAAAGAUGGUGAUGGCAAACUAAGCCAAAAAGAGUUCAUUGGAGUCAUGAAGAACCGAAUACACAGGGGGUUUCGGGAACAUCUUAAGAGCCCUGUUGGAUGGUCAGGCUUCAAAGCCUGUGUUAAGCAUGAGAUUAAGUACAGCUUGUAAAACAGGAGAAACCACUUGCCCAUGUUAUUAAUGGCAAGUCAAUGAAGAUAUUAGUGGCAAGUGACACCAGUGGGUUAUAUUAUUAAUGACUGGUUUUAAAUUUGUAAUGUGAGCGAAGCAUUUGCCUGUAUCAUUGUAGUGCCAUGUCAACGUCACAAAGGAAAAGCACCUGACUAUAUCAGUAAUGGUAGUUCUUGUUGUUUUGAUGAGAAAGCACUUGACUAUAUCAUUAAUGGUAGUUCUUGUUGUUUUGAUGAGAAAGCACUUGCCUAUAUCAUUAAUGGUUGUUCUUGUUGUUUCGAUGAGAAAGCUCUUAUCUAUAUCGUUACACUGGCAAGUCACAGAGGAAAACCUUUAAUAAUAAUUUAUUAAUGGUAAUUCUUGUUGUUUUGGUGAGAAAAUACUUGUUCAUAUCAUAGUGGUACACUAGUUUGGUUGUUCAAGUAGGAAGCCAAUAUACCAAUAUCAUUAAUGGCUGGUUUUUAAAUGCUGAAAACCACUUGCCCUGGUCAUUUGUGGCAAGUCAUAAACCACCAUUAUUUUUGACAACAUUGCAUUAGAUUCACAAGUUAUUUAUUUAGAGACUCAGUCAAUAGGGCGCUUUCGAUUGUACGACGACGGUAGGACGUAGAACGUAAUGACGUCACUAAAAGUCAAUUCAGUUCAAUUUAAUGGAUAUCACUUUCGUAACAGUGGCACACGUUGGAUAAUACCCAAUGGUGCAUCCAAAUAUAAGAGGAAAAUAAUAAACUUAAACUAGGAGUAAAUUAAACUAAAAUGUAUAUACAAAGUAAAAUUUAUCAACAUGGCAUGUAGGUGUAUGUGGUAUGGUAGUCUUACAGGACCGUAUUAUUUACAGAGUUGUUGUAUGAAUGGCAAGUUAAUAUGAAGCUAGAACUAACAGACCCAAUUCAUGGGUUCAUAUUUACUACAAUAACACAUUCAAAGGGAAUAAACUAAAAAAAAAAAUAAAAAGGAAAAAAAAACAAAAACAAAAAAAAAAAAAAAAAAAAAAAAAAAAACAUUACAAGAUAUUUAUAACAAAAUAUAGACCUUAGAACUAACUGAUCAUAAAGGUUCAUAUUAACAGAUUAAAAAAGGAAAUACAAAAACUAAUUAAAGUGUAACGGGUGUUAAUGUGGCCAUGGAUUUAUAUAUUUCAGAUCUUAAUUUCCAAUGCGCCUUUGAGAAACACCUUACUAUAACUAUCAAAUAUUUCUGCUAAUUUAUGGUUAUCAGUUUGGUCAUUAAGAUUAUCGAGAAUUAAAUGAUGCUUAUCAUCUAACAAUUCGGUAAUAAAUGAUUUCCAAAAUUCACCUAA